GAUCCUCUAUAAUGGACAGAAGAACGGCGGUGCCGGGGACUUCAUGUCGCUGGGCCUGUCGGAGGGGUACGUGGAGUUCCGCUUUGACGUGGGGUCAGGAGCAGCCGUCAUCCGCAGUAAGAACGCCCUGGAGCUGGGCAGGUUCCAUACCGUCGUGCUGAAGAGGAACAGCAGGUUUGGUUCCCUGUCUGUGGACGGCCUCCCGGCAGCUAACGGCACGUCUCAGGGUAACUUCCGUGGUCUGGACCUGAUCGAACCCCUGCACGUGGGCGGAGUACCUGACUAUGCUGCCAUAGCAACAGCCUCAGGGCUGAAAUCUGGCUUCAUCGGCUGUCUGAGUAGACUGGAGAUCAGUGGUGCGAGUGUGAACCUGGCCAGUGAUGCCAUCAACAUUGUGGGUGUGUCUGACUGCCCCACCUGCGCAGAUAAACCCUGUAAAAACGGAGGAACCUGUGUGGAGGCGACAACAGAAUACGGAUUCAGAUGUGAGUGUCCUGAGGGUUACAGUGGGAGGACAUGUGAAGGUGUUGGAGAGAGGUGUUACCCAGGUGCCUGUGGACCAGGUGGCAAGUGUAACAACGAUCCUGGCCCCACAGGGUUCACCUGCUCUUGUCCCAUCGGCAGAACAGGUGUCAGGUGUGGCACAGGUAUUGUGAUCGUUGAGCCAGCCUUCAGUGGAACUUCCUUCAUCGCCUACCAGACAAUGCAGAAUGUCCAGCGACAGACUCGUAUCACCAUGGAGUUCAAGUUAGACAGUCUCACAGACGGACUGCUGCUGUUCAACGGACAGAGACUGGCCGGGUCUGGGGACUUCAUCUCACUGGCAGUCAAGGAUGGAGCAGUCGAGUUCAGAUUUGAUAGUGGAUCAGGUCCGGCCAUCAUUAGGAGUUCUAAGAAUGUGAGUUUGGACACCUGGCACACCAUCAAGGCUGAGCGAGACCUUAAGGAUGGGUCCUUAAGUCUGGACGGGCUGGAGGCCACAAAGGGCCAGUCACCAGGAAGCACUCAGGGUGUAAACCUGAGGAUGCCGCUGCAUUUAGGAGGGAUGGAGAACUUUGAUGACCUUCCUGACAGAGUUGGAGUCAACAAGGGCUUGUUUGGCUGCAUUGCUUCUGUUGAAGUGAACUCUAUCUCCCUGGACCUGGUCAAUGCCGUACUGGACAGUGCCAACAUCCAGGACUGUGGGGAGAGGACGUGUGACCGUGCACCGUGUCAGAACGGAGCCACGUGCAUCCAGAUGGGAGACAACUACGUCUGCAGAUGUUCUCCACAGUUCGAAGGCCGUCAUUGUGAGACGGCCCUGAACCCGUGCCAGGUCCUGACGCCGUGUCUGAACGGUGGGAAGUGUGAGCAGCAGGGCAGCGACUACCGCUGCAUGUGUCCUCUCGGCUUCAAGGGCAAGGACUGUGAGGAGAAGGUGGAGCUGGCUGACUACACGGCCGCCUUCGACAGGGACGGAUACAUCGAGCUGCCCAACAAGAUCAUGGGGAGGGGAUAUUGGGCGGAGCCUGAGUACAUCGAGUUCCACUUCAGAACAACCAUGGGGAACGGAGUCAUCUUCUGGCAGGGUGUGGAGGAAGGCAGUACUGGCAGAAAUAUGGACUUUAUCUCCAUAGCUGUGAGUGACGGAUACCUGGUCUUCAGCUAUGAACUGGGCAGUGGACAGGCAAACAUCCAAUCUGAGCAGAGAAUCAAUGAUGGAGAAUGGCACCACGUCAAGACCGUCAGAACUGGUCAGAAUGGAGAACUUACAGUAGACGAGGGAAGACCCAUCCCAGGGAAGUCAGGUGGCAGCCUGCAGAGUGUAAACGCAAAGGGCAGUGUAUACAUAGGUGGUAUGCCAGACAUUGUCAAACACACAGGCGACAAGUACCAGACAGGGAUGGUCGGCUGUGUCUACAACCUCAGGUUACAAAACCGGCCUCCUAUAAACCUACUCCUGGACAACAUAGGGGGCUCCAACGUCCUACCAUGUCCCGCCCAACCCCCUCCGCUACAGGAGCUACCCUAGCACACCUCCUAGCCUUGUUGUAUCUAAUUUGUCAGUACAAGUUACACCCCCUCCCCUCGAAGAAAACUAGUAAAAAUGUAAAAAAAAAGUGUACUUAACACUGGUAUAUUUAGAGUCACUUUCUUAAAAGAGUAGCAAAAAUGGUGGUAUAUGUUUUUAUGUUAUAUAUAUAGAUACCAUGUAGCUGUAGUAUUGUAGGUUACAUACUUAGAAGAAAAUGAACCAUGUGAACUCAAAGUGGAAAUUUUGUACAGAAUGAUAGUAUAUGUAGUUAGUUCUGUUUGUAUCGUAUUAUUACAAUCAAAACUGUAUCCCUUGCAUGUUGGAACAAUACAGCACUGAGGUUUUUUAAUCCCCUUUUUAAGGUUUUAUGUGCUGUUUUUAAACAUGUUUUAUGUGUAAAAAUGUGGUGCUUUUUUUAUAAUCUACACAGAUGUGAGGUUGGCACAUUUUCUAGCUACAUGGAUCUGGUGUGAUAUAUGUAUGUAGGCUUCGAAUGUGGUGCUAACUUCAGUGGUGCUGCAACCCAUAAAAGGCGGUGCAGAAACAUGCUAUUACAUGUAUAAGUUUGAAGUUGUCCUGUAAAUUGCUAUGUUGAGAAAUAUUACUAUGUGAACAGCACUUUACAGGAACAUUUUAUAUACUGUGUUGUUUCUAAGAAAUCAUCUUACAGUACAACAGAUAUUUUCUUCUUUUUGAUAAACAUUAAUGUUAACAUACAUGUUUAGCUGUGUUUUUUUAGACAAUCACAGACAAUACUAGGUCUACAAAUGGUGUAAUUUGAUUGGAUUUUAUUUGGUCAGUUCAGGUUUUUUGCUCUAGAGAUAGCUUUGACUGCUGUAGUCAGGUUUUAUGUGAAUAUUUUGCAGGUAGGUAGAGAAGGCCUAAAAUAUCCAGACAUACAUUUGGAUUGUGGUUUAUCACUAAUAUGUAGACGAGUACCUACUGAAUUCAUAUCUACUUGUAUAUUACGUCUUAUGUAUUGUGAUUUUUUUUUCAAAUACCAAUAUAUAAAAUUGAGGAAAAACAUUUGACAAACUUUAAAAUCUUACAACAUCCUCUUUCUGGGAUACUUUCAAAAAUGGUGCAGUACGAAGACAAGAAAUGAAUGUCUCUUUUCAGCCAUGGAGGGUCUUAUACUACAGACGAUUUUAACUUAGCAGCCAUAUUGGUUGAUGUAGUAACAGUCAAGUGUCACUUCCUAACUUAUUGUAUUUAUGUUUUAAAGAUGCUUUCUUCGUGCAAGCAACCCCACACCUCGUAUGUACAAUCUUGCCCUGUGACAGAAUAUCUAGCCUGUGUGUUCUUCAUACAACAGAAACUAAUGAAUGGUCACUCUUACCUGAGAUGAAGUACAUUUUGUUACACUGAUUGU